AAGUUGUCACAUAUCAUUCGUCCACCAUAGUCAGUGACGGUUACUUACUUCCCAAUCAUGGCCAUGGUCGUCGCCGGAGCGUCGUCGGCUUUUACUGUACAUCCUACGGCGAUGAACACUAUCGCUACCGUGAUAAUCAAAACGAACCUUUCAUUCUCAGGAGUUGCUGUCUCUGAUUGUCGAUCGAAUCAAUCAAAAUCUGGAUAUCAUAUCGCAAACGGAAAACUGAGAUUCGAUGAUAAGAAGUACGCCAGAAAUUGUCUUCCGAGUCAUGUCGAUAUAGAGGAAGAGAUUGGAGGUAGAGAACAGUUGAGAUUGAGCGAUUAUUUUGAGCUGUCGAAGGAGUUGAUGGUUCGAAUGGACGGUGGUCCACCGCGUUGGUUUUCGCCUUUGGAGCUAUCAGGCGGAUCUCGUUCAGAUAACUCUCCUCUCUUACUAUAUCUUCCUGGUAUCGAUGGUGUUGGGCUCGGUUUACUGUUGCAUCACCAAACUUUGGGAGAGAUUUUUGAUAUAUGGUGCUUGCAUAUACCAGUUGCAGAUCGAUCAUCAUUUACAGACCUCGUGAAGCUGGUUGAAAGAACAGUGAGAUCAGAAAAUAGCCGAUCACCAAAUAGGCCAAUAUAUCUUGUUGGGGAGUCAAUUGGUGGAUGUCUUGCAUUAGCUGUUGCUGCUCAUAACCCUGAAAUUGAUCUUGUACUUAUUCUAGUUAACCCAGCAACUGGUUUUAGCAAGUCACAAAUGCAAUCAUUAUUACCUUUAGCAGAAAUGAUGCCUGAACAACUACACAGUAACCUGCCUUUUGUACUGAGUUUAAUGACAGGUAUGCCAUUGAGGAUGGUGAUGACUACAGUACAAAACGGGCUACCUCUUGAAAAGAAAGUUGGAGAACUGGUACAGGGUGUUUUAUCAUUGUCAUCCUAUCUCUCGGAACUUGUUAAUCUAUUACCUAGCGACACCCUUAUUUGGAAGCUGAAGAUGCUCAGAUCUGCUGCUGCAUAUGCCAAUUCCCGCCUACAUGCUGUUAAAGCACAGACAUUAGUGCUUUCCAGUGAGAAGGAUCUGUUUUUACAAAGCGGAGAAGAAGGCAAAAGGCUUCAUCAUAUACUGCCAAACUGUGAGAUCCGGAAGUUUGAAGAUAGUGAUCAUGCUCUGUUGCUGGAAGAUGGAUUUGACUUGCUCACUAUAAUAAAAGGUGCUAGCUUUUAUCGCCGUGGAAGGUGCCUUGACUAUGCCUCAGAUUACAUGCCACCAACUGCUUCUGAAUUCAAAAAGAUAAAUGAAUCAGCCAGACUCUAUGAUGUGGCUGUCAAUCCUGUAAUGGUUUCAACUUUAGAGGAUGGAACACUUGUCAGGGGCCUUGCAGGAAUACCCUCAGAAGGGCCAGUCUUGUUUGUUGGAUAUCACAUGUUGUUAGGUUGGGAAUUAGCUCCUAUGGUGACUCGUAUGUGGAUUGAAAAGAACGUAAUGAUGCGGGGAAUAGCUCAUCCCAUGAUGUUUAGGAAACUGAAGGAGGGAAAGUUACCAGAUAUAUCAACAUUUGACACAUUAAGACUUAUGGGUGCUGUACCUGUGUCGGCAAAUAACAUGUACAGACUUCUUGCAAACAAGUCCCAUGUCUUGUUGUACCCAGGAGGCAUGCGGGAGGCUCUCCACCGCAAGGGCGAGGAAUAUAAAUUAUUUUGGCCAGAGCAGUCGGAGUUUGUAAGGAUGGCAGCUAGAUUUGGAGCUAAGAUUAUCCCCUUUGGUGCUGUUGGAGAAGAUGACGUUUGUCAAAUGCUCCUCGACUACAAUGAUCUGAUGAAGAUUCCAUAUUUCAGGGAAGAAAUAGCACAACUUACUGAUGAAGCUGGGAAUUUGAGGGGUAAUAUAACCGGGGAAGUUGCAAACCAAGCACCCCACCUUCCAAUAAUGACGCCCAAACUUCCAGGCCGUUUUUAUUACUAUUUUGGAAAGCCAAUUGAAACAGAAGGGAGGAAGAAUGAAUUAAGAAACAGGGAGAAAGCACAUGAAUUGUACUUGGAAGUGAAGUCGUCGGUCGAGGGAUGCAUGGAAUAUUUAAAGGAGAAAAGAGAAGUCGAUCCUUAUCGAAACAUUCUUCCUCGGCUAACAUAUCAGGUAUUGAAUGGCUUUGAUUCUCAAGUCCCUACUUUUGAUUUAUGAUGACCAUCACUUAUUCAUUGCACCCAUUAUUAUUAUUAAACUUAUAUUAUUGUUACAUCUAUUUAAUUUGGUACUCAUAUAUAUUCUAAGAAUAUUGUUCAAACUUUCAGAUGUUAUUUAUAUAGAAAUAAUCUAAAAAUAUUGUUGGUUUAAGUGAUCUAAUAUUUUCAAGCA